GCCGUCCCAGCAUGCCUUGGGCGCGCGGGCGGCGGGCGCCUCAGUCCGCGGGUGAAGGUAGUGGUGUCGGAGCUAAGCGAGCAAAGCGAGGCGUCCACCGCGGCUGAGGCGGCUAGAGGUGGAGCAGGUGCAGCAAGGGUUCCGCCGGUGCAGACCCGUCCGCCAUGAAGCCCCCAGCAGGACAUCCCUGACCUGGGGACAUCUAGAUGAGAGAUUACAGUGUCACAACAGCUGUCCCUUGAGACCUGUUCCUCUCCCCACCGUGGCGCCCUCAGACAGUUGUGUCCUCUCACCCUGCAUGGCUCCCACUGUCCAGGGGAUGUCCUGGACGCCGCGUCCCCGUGCUCCCUCGUUGUGAACCACCUGAGGUGGGACCUGAGUGCACCACAGAUUGAGGAGCUCACCAAGGAGCUCAUCGAGCAGACGAAGCGUGUGUAUGACCAGGUGGGCAUGCAGGAGUUCGAGGAUGUGUCCUACGAGAGAACGCUCAAGGCGCUGGCUGGGGUGGAGGUGACCUACACAGUGCAGAGGAACAUCCUUGACUUCCCCCAGCAUGUGUCCCCAUCUAAGGACAUCCGGGCGGCCAGCACAGAGGCCGACAAAAAGCUGUCCGAGUUCGAUGUGGAGAUGAGCAUGCGGCAGGACGUGUACCAGAGGAUCGUCUGGCUGCAGGAGAAGGUGCAGAAGGACUCCCUGAGGCCCGAGGCGGCACGGUACCUGGAGCGGCUCAUCAAGCUGGGCCGCAGGAACGGGCUCCACCUUCCCAAGGAGACUCAGGAUAAAAUCAAGAGCAUCAAGAAGAAGCUGAGCCUGCUGUGCAUCGACUUUAACAAGAACCUGAAUGAGGACACCACCUUCCUGCCCUUCACGAGAGAGGAACUGGGGGGGCUUCCUGAGGACUUUGUGAAUGCACUGGAGAAGACAGAAGAUGGCAAGCUGAAGGUCACGCUGAAGUACCCCCAUUACUUCCCACUCCUGAAGAAGUGCCACGUGCCAGAGACUAGGAGGAAGGUGGAGAAGGCCUUCAACUCCCGCUGCAAAGAGGAGAACUGCGCCAUCCUCAAGGAGCUAGUGGCACUGCGGGCGCAGAAGUGCAGCCUGCUGGGCUUCGGCACCCACGCCGACUACGUCCUGGAGAUGAACAUGGCCAAGACCAGCCAGGCCGUGGCCACCUUCCUAGAUGAGCUGGCACAGAAGCUGAAGCCCCUGGGGGAGCAGGAGCGCGCUGUGAUCCUGGAGCUGAAGGAGGCAGAGUGCGCGCGCCGGGGGCUGCCCUUCGAUGGCCGCAUCCACGCGUGGGACAUGCGCUACUACAUGAACCAGGUGGAGGAGACGCGCUACCGCGUGGACCAGAACCUCCUCAAGGAGUACUUCCCCAUGCAGGUGGUCACCCGCGGGCUGCUGGGCAUCUACCAGGAGCUCCUGGGGCUCACCUUCCAGUUGGAGGAGGCAGGCGCCGUGUGGCACGAAGAUGUGCAGUUCUACUCGGUGCACGAUGCGGCCUCAGGCCAGCUCAUCGGCCAGUUCUACCUGGACCUUUACCCCAGGGAAGGCAAGUACGGCCAUGCGGCCUGCUUCGGACUGCAGCCUGGCUGCCUUCGGCAAGACGGUGGCCGCCAGGUCGCGGUGGCAGCCAUGGUGGCCAACUUUACCAAGCCCACGCCAGAUGCCCCGUCGUUGCUGCAGCAUGAUGAGGUGGAAACCUACUUCCAUGAGUUCGGGCAUGUGAUGCACCAGCUCUGCUCUCAGGCCGAGUUCGCCAUGUUCAGCGGGACCCACGUGGAGCGAGAUUUCGUGGAGGCGCCGUCACAGAUGCUGGAGAACUGGGUGUGGGAAAAGGAGCCACUGCUGCGCAUGUCCCAGCACUACCGCUCGGGCCGAGCUGUGCCGCAGGAGCUGCUGGACAAGCUCAUCCAGUCCCGCCAGGCUAACACCGGGCUUUUCAACCUGCGCCAGAUCGUGCUGGCCAAGGUGGACCAGGCCCUGCACACACGCACGGACGUCGACCCAGCCGAGGAGUACGCGCAGCUCUGCCGGGAGAUCCUCGGGGUCCCUGCCACACCAGGGACCAACAUGCCUGCCACCUUCGGCCACCUGGCAGGUGGCUAUGAUGCCCAGUACUACGGCUACCUGUGGAGUGAGGUGUUCUCUAUGGACAUGUUCCACACACGCUUCAAGCAGGAGGGUGUGCUGAGCCCCAAGGUGGGCAUGGACUACAGAACCACCAUCCUGAGGCCGGGUGGGUCUGAGGACGCCAGUGCCAUGCUGAAGCUCUUCCUGGGCCGAGACCCCAGGCAGGACGCCUUCCUCCUGAGCAAGGGGCUGCAGGUGGAGGCCACCGACCCGGCCGCCUGCUGACGCCUGGAGCCCUCAGCCCCGUGCCCGCCCGCUGCCCUGUGCCUUAGCCCUAGCCCGACAGUGGCCGCCAGGACGGCGCUCCGGGCCACAGGGUGAGCUCCAGCGACUCGGCGUCCCCGUCUGUCCCACCCCGGCCCCGGACCCACGGGGGCCAGCCAGUUGGAGAAAGCUCCCUGAGGGCCUCAUUUUUGUUGCACUAGCGUCCCUCCCGGGGCAGCACCUGUUGUACAAGGUGGUUCUGAGAGACACAGCCAGUAAACACUUGAAACACUUGAAA